AUGGCCACUUCCCCCGAUUCAAGCGCGGCUGAUAUUCUCACUCUCACAAAGCUGGCAUGGGAUCUUUACCAUAACUGCUAUCUUAUUACUAGUGACGCCCCCGAAGCUUUCAAACAGCUCGUGAAUGAAUUAGCCUCUCUGCAAGGUGUUCUUCGAGCUCUCCGCGAUGACGUAAAUUCCAACGCGUCCUUCUUCGACGACCUAGAAGAGGGUCGCAGAAAUACUUUACAGCGAUGCUUGAACGCCUGCUCCAAUACUUUACAGAACGUGAAGGAGGUGGUUGCCAAGUACAGGAAUCUGGGAGUGGGUGAUGGUAAACAGUUCUGGCAGAGAGUUAAAUGGGUCUCACAACGAGGAGAGAUAGAUGAUUUGAAGUCUAGGAUCAUGAUCCAUACCUGCAACCUUAGCUUAUGUAUGAGUUCAAUUGGCAAUUCAACUUUGGCAAGAAUUGAGAGAUCAAUGGCGGAUGCUCUAGAACAGAAAAGCUUCCCCUCCACACCGGAAACGCUGUCGAAUGGGCAGCGUGUCCUGAGAACACCACCAAUACCGGGAGAUGAUGACUUUCAGCUGGACGAGUCACUGCGUAUUGAGCCAUUGCGUGUUAGUCCGAAAGGUAUCCCUAUGAGGGCAAAUAGUUUACCGACUGUUGAGAGCCAUGCUCGUAUCUCUGCCUCAGAAUCGAUUCUUUCCGGCGGGUCUGAAUGGUCAGCAACCACAGUUAACACUACUUCUCCAUCCAUCAAUGACCCACUGAAGCGUUCCAUGUCACAUAAUUAUGUGGUUAGACGUACUGGUUCAUGUGCAUCGGAGUCGAGGCAUCUGAGAAUGCCAAGCUCUGAGAGUGCGCAACUCGGCAUCCACCCAGCAUUACGAGAAGAGCCCUUUUUGGAUAAUCGCACUGAGUCCUCAGGGUCUGAGCUGGAUAAUACGGCCGUCACAAGUGCUGUCGCAACUGCUAUGCAACAGCUUCAGCAGGUACAAAUUCGAGAAAGUAUCCUGCGACCAUUGCGGUAUGAACCGCGCGAUAAACUCCACCGACCUGAUCCCCAGCUUAUGAGAAGCUUUGAUGCCCUGGUGCGGGACGAGUUGAGGAUUAAGCGCCUAAGCACAAGUGAUUGGCUACGAGUCGCAGUGUGGUGGCUUUUGAAGGGCAUCAAAGAUGAGUUCGCACAUUUCAUCUCAUUGGACGUCCCCGAAUACUCUAUCAUACAGUCUCAAAAUCUGGACAUUUGGGAGCCUUUACAGCCAGAAGAAGCCGCUGAGAAGGGCAGUGAUUCAAUCAUCGGUCUGAACAAUGUGCGUUGGGCUACCGUCGACCUAGAAGACGCGGGGGAUGAAGAAGAAAAGGUUUUUUAUCGAACGUUCGUGAACGCUGGUAUUGGUAGCAAAAGACUCCGUAUGCGAACAAAGGGUGCCCCGUAUAUGCUCCUUCUGUCUGCGAGAGAAGGGGAAAGCGAGCCAAAGAUCACGAUCUGCAACCAGAGUGGCACACUUUGUUUGCAGCGGGACUUUUUGCCCGAAGAUCUGGCUCAAAUGAUACGAGUCUGGCAAGCCACUGUCUCUGGUUAUCCCGGCAUGAAAAUCUCAGAACCUAUUGUGAUACGCUUCGAUACUAAAAGUGUAUCUGUCUCUUUCCAACACGCGUCUGACCUGCAGUAUUUCAUAAAUCUGCCAAAAGCAUACUUUGACGCCGUAUGGCAGCGAGAGCCUGUAGACUCCGAUCAGUUCUCUGAGACUGUCUUAUUUAGGAGCUCUGUCGAAAAGUUUGAGCAGCUAAAAGCGCCGACUAUGAGGCCCAUGAAUCCCCCGGUAAUCCACAAAUCGUGCGAAGUGCGCAUUCUGGAGAGGUCUUAUGGAGAGGCAUGGCAGUCUGUCCGGCGCAUGGUCAUUAGCUCUUGGGUAGCCGAGCAGGCACCGUGGUGCAUCGAGUUAUUUAUGCCCAUGAGCCGUGUCCAAGUCUGUCGCGGCACUGAUUCUGGACAGAUCUUGGUGAAAUGGUCAGAUACGUGCCAAGAAAGGUCGACCAAGACAGAUGGAAAUUACCACCCUUUGUAUUCUUACGUAUACGAUGACAAUAGCCCUAACAUCGGGCUCGGACUACAAUUCCGGUCUCAAAAGCAGGUGGAAGAUUUUGAAAAGGCCAUUCUCAGCAUGUGUUCCCAAUCGAGCUUUUCCUGGGAUCAGCCUACCAGCUCUGGAUAUGUCUAUGACGUUGUAGAUCCCUCAGGGGACCAAAAGCAAUACAAGGCCAUUCUGCUCAUCCAAUCGCGUUUGACUUGGAAAUACUGCAGCCUCUACUAUGUUUACCGAGAUACAGAUUAUGUAUACGACCACAGAACUCUACGUGUCCGGUUUCCCCGCCUAUUCUACACCGACUAUAUUUCGUCACAUGUCGACAGGUUAUACCCAGCCGACCGUCCAGUAUCAUUCUCCCAUUGCGAGAAGAAGGUCGGAAAUAUGACAGCAGAGUUUGACGAGGAACCGCUGUUGCGUAGCUUUAUGAGCUCGCUAGCCAACGGGUACGAACUUUUGUACUCACGACGCGCUGUUUCCCUAGUGACUAAAGGUAAAAGCCUUUUCGGGGCCAGGAAGUCAAACAAAGGUGAAACAGAAGUACAGCUAUGGCGGAAAGGGGCGUCUAUUCAGAUGUCGUCACGGUGGGAUGAACAUGUCACCGACAAGUGGCUGACCGUCUCUGUGAUGCCGGGUGCUCUACAGCCAGCCAAGGAUAGUACGCGAGUCGACUUUUCAACGCUUCAAUAUUCUAGGGGAUCUUUCCUUAAUAUGGCAGGUAUUCUCGCCGUGGCUCCGAAAGACCCUAACAUGGCUCGACGGGGUGGACAACUCGCGAUAAACUUUGCUACUUCUAAAGUGAUGCUUUUAGACCGACAUGAUUUCGUUGCCGCUUUGGAAUGCGACUCUGUUCCUCCCGCCUACGACGUAUGA